AUGAUCGACAAGUCCCUUCCAAACCAUGUCUGUAAACUCGAGAAGGCGCUCUACGGCCUAAAGCAAGCGCCACGCGCCUGGAAUGCUCGCUUCUCUGAUUAUGUUGCCAACCUGGGGUUUGUCAAGUGUAACAACGAUCACUCACUAUUCGUCUACAGCAAAGGCCAUGAACAAGCUAUCAUACUACUAUACGUAGAUGACAUUCUUCUCACCGCUUCAUCACCAGCGCUAAGACACACAGUCGCUACUCUUCUCAAAACAGAGUUCGAGAUGUCUGAUGAGAGGCCUCUCUGUUAUUUCCUUGGAAUCAAGAUCGAAAGAAACACCAAAGGUAUGAUGUUAAGUCAGUCUGCUUAUGCUAAGGAUAUCCUAUCCCGUAUGUCAAUGCAGCACUGCAAACCAUUUUCAACACCGAUGGACCUCAAAUCAAAGCUCUCACAAGACGAUGGUGAUCGUAUUCACAAUCCAACUGAGUACAGAAGCAUUUCCGGCGCCUUACAAUAUCUGACCUUGACACGUCCUGACAUCCAAUAUGCUGUCCACCAGCUAUGUCUCUACAUGCACGACCCUCGUCUUCCUCAUCUCAACGCUCUAAAACGAGUGCUUCGUUACAUCAAAUGGACACUUGAUGACAGGCUUCAGCUAUACAAGUCGAAUUCAAAUACUCUAACUGCAUACACUGAUGCCGAUUGGGCCGGCUAUCCUGACACCCGCCGGUCCACCUCCGGCUACUGCGUCUACUUGGGAGACAAUCUCAUCUCCUGGUCUUCAAAACGUCAACCAACCGUUUCGGGCUCCAGUGAAGAGGCGGAGUACAAGGGAGUUGUAAACGUACUGGCAGAAACAUGCUACAUACGCAAUCUCCUACUGGAACUUCGAUGCCCAAUUACGACUCCAACACUCGUGUACUGUGACAACGUAAGCGCAGUUUAUCUAUCAACCAACCCGGUUAAACAUCAAAGAACGAAGUAUGUGGAGAUUGAUAUACAUUUUGUACGAGAAAAGGUUGCAAUGGGACAGGUUCGUGUCCUGCACGUUCCAUCUUCUUCUCAGUUCGCUGACAUGGAGUAA